AUGCGAGGAGAUUAUGUACAAGAAGUAAACCUCAUCCGCAGAUUCUGGAUCCGAAGGCCUGAGAGUGGUGCUCUCCACGUCAAUGCCAAAUCUAGCAGAAACACUGAUUCAGACGUCCAUGCCAAAUUAAGCAAGAACACUGAUUUAGACGUCUACGCCAAAUUAAACAAGAGCUCUGAUUCAGACGUCCAUGCCAAAUUAAACAAGAGCACUGAUUCAGACGUCCAUGCCAAAUCGAACAAGAGCACUGAUUCAGACGUCCAUGUCAAAUCGAACAAAAAAACUGAUUCAGACGUCCAUGUCAAUUCAAACAAGAGCACUGAUUCAGACGUCCGUGCCAAAUUAAACAAGAGCACUGAUUCAGACGUCCAUGUCAAAUCAAACGAGAGCACUUAUUCAGACGUCCAUGUCAAAUCGAACAAAAAAACUGAUUCAGACGUCCAUGCUAAAUUAAACAAGAGCAUUGAUUCAGACGUCCAUGCCAAAUUAAACAAGAGCUCUGAUUCAGACGUCCAUGCCAAAUCAAACAAGAGCACUGAUUCAGACGUCCAUUACAAAUCAAAGAAGAGCACUGAUUCAGACGUCCAUGCCAAAUUAAAUAAGAGCACUGAUUCAUAUGUCCAUGUCAAUUCAACCAAAAGCACUGAUUCAGACGUCCAUGCCAAAUUAAACAAGAACACUAAUUCAGACGUCCAUACCAAAAUAAACAAGAGCACUGAUUCAGACGUCCAUGCCAAAUUAAACAAGAGCACUGAUUCAGACGUCCAUGCCAAAUCAAACAAGAGCACUUAUUCAGACGUCCAUGUCAAAUCGAACAAAAAAACUGAUUCAGACGUCCAUGCCAAAUUAAACAAGAGCAUUGAUUCAGACGUCCAUGCCAAAUUAAACAAGAGCUCUGAUUCAGACGUCCAUGCCAAAUCAAACAAGAGCACUGAUUCAGACGUCCAUUACAAAUCAAAGAAGAGCACUGAUUCAGACGUCCAUGCCAAAUUAAAUAAGAGCACUGAUUCAUAUGUCCAUGUCAAUUCAACCAAAAGCACUGAUUCAGACGUCCAUGCCAAAUUAAACAAGAACACUAAUUCAGACGUCCAUACCAAAAUAAACAAGAGCACUGAUUCAGACGUCCAUGCCAAAUUAAACAAGAGCACUGAUUCAGACGUCCAUGCCAAAUCAAACAAGAGCACUGAUUCAGACGUCCAUGCCAAAUCAAACAAGAGCACUGAUUCAGACGUCCAUGCCAAAUUAAACAAGAGCACUGAUUCAGACGUCCAUGUCAAAUCAAAGAAGAGCACUGAUUCAGACGUCCAUGCCCAAUUAAACAAGAGUACCGAUUCCGACGUCAAUGCCAAAUUAAGCAGGAGCUCUUAUUCAGACGUCCAUGCCAAAUUAAACAGAACCACUGAUUCAGACGUCCAUGUCAAAUUAAACAAAAACACUGAUCCAGACGUGCAUGUCAAAUCAAACAAGAGCACUGAUUCAGACGGCCAUGUCAAUUCAAACAAGAGCACUGAUUCAGACGUCCAUGCCAAAUCAAACAAGAGCACUGAUUCAGACGAUCAUGUCAUAACCAACUAG